AUGCCGGGGAAGACAGAGGCAUCCAGAGGGAUGACUCCUGGUCGAGGUCGAGCAGUCGUGCUGGAAAUGCUUCAGGCAGAAGGAACUCACUGGUCCAAUCAAAGAGCUAGGAUGAGGUCCAAGAGAGACCUCAAGAAAAUCCACUGGGCUAUGGCCUUCUGCCUCUUCUGCGUGGGGGUUCUUGCCAUGCUGACCACCUAUCUGUUUAUUGGACAUCUCAAGACCACACAGGAAGCCUGCCUGGGUCAGGCCCCACUGGGAAAAGAAUCAGAAAUCUCCCAUCAACGAGCUUAUGAACCUCCCAUGGCUAAGGCCAAUAAACCUAGAGCACACCUGACAGUUGUCCAACAGAAUCCUGCUCCCAACGUAAAGGAUCAGUUCCCGAUUCUCCUUUGGGAACACGACCUUGGCUUGGCCUUCAUCAAAAAUCGGAUGAACUACACUAACAAGUUCCUGGUGAUUCCAGAGUCUGGAGACUAUUUUGUUUAUUCACAAGUGACCUUCAGAGGCACCACACCAGAAUGUGGUAAAAUAAAUAAACUGAACAGAUCCAGCAAACCCGAUUAUAUAACCCAGAUUAUCACCAAAGUAACCGACAGCUACCCAGAGCCCACGAAGCUCCUGACAGGCACCAAGUCUGUGUGUGAGAUAGGGAGUAGUUGGUUCCAGCCCAUUUAUCUGGGGGCUGUGUUUUCCAUGCAGGAAGGAGAUAAGCUUAUGGUCAACGUUAGUGAUAUCUCCCUGGUGGAUUACACAAAAGAGGACAAAACCUUUUUUGGGGCUUUUUUACUGUAGACACCAGGUUUCUGUCAUUAAGAACUGAUACUCCUGUGGCAACUGUUCUCUGUCUUCAGCAGCUAUAAUCCCAGUUUCCAGUUUUAUUUAUUUGCAUAAGACGGUGACCAGUGACUUAUUUGGGGAAAUUCCUUCAAGGUGAUGGUGCAGGUAGAAGAAUCAUUUGCAAGGAUCUAGUUUUGCAAAUGAGCUCUGGCUGGUGACAUCAACAACCAGAGCAAGAUACAAAAAAAAAAAAAGAAGUAAUGGGAAAGAUAGUUUCUCCCCUGGCCUUGGGGAGUUUCAGGAGAACAAAACAAUCAAUCUAUCAAUAGUAUUUAUUGAGUACCUUCUGUGGGCAGAGCACUGAAAUGAGAGUUUAGGAGAGUAUAAUAGAUUAUGCCCUCAAGAAGCUUUCAAUCUAGUAGGGAAGAAGCAGAGAACUGAGGUGUUGGCUUCAGAGGGUGGAUUUAAGGAGUAGUAUAUAUCCUGAUGUGUAGGGAAGAGGGUUUUUGACUUCCCCUAAAAAUGUGUCUCUGGUUUUUUCUACUUGUGCUUUCAUCCUUGUCCACUUGGUAGUUACAAACUCCCUUUGCUUUUGAAAUCUAGAGAUGCAGGCAUCCACCAAUGGAAGGACUUAGGGACCCAAGGCCUCAAAAUAAAGCCAGCAUUGACUCUCUCCCCCACUCCUCUCCCCUCCCCUUUUCAGCCCUGAAAAUGCAGUUCAGUGCUCCUGACCUUUCAAGGGGCUUAAAAUUGCCACUCUAAAGACCCUGCCAGGGCCACUCCAGGCAG